AUGAAGGAUAGAGUUGAUGGGAAAUAUCUAAAGCGUCACAAUGAAUCCACCUUCACUGGAGAAACAGAAGCGGGGUGCAUUGUCAAGUGCUUGUUCUACAGUCCCAACCACUACUGUCAAUCAGUCAAUUAUUUCCCCGCGACUCAAACCUGCCUGACCAGCACGUCGACUCAUCAUCAACACCCAGAAGACCUUGUGUAUGAAGCAGGAAGUGUGUACCUCGGGACCAAGAACGACUGCGUUGUUGGUUCAUGCCCAAGUAACCGAAUGUGCAAAGCCGACUUCGUGAAUGAAGGAUUUUCAUGUGUUUUUUUAUUUACUCCAGACAAGCCCUGCUUCUCUAGCCCGUGCAGUAAUGGCAGUAUUUGUAACAACACACAAGACGGUAAAAACUAUACGUGCACUUGUUUGCCUGGACAUACGGGAAGACACUGUGAAAGAGUUAAUGAGAACUGUGCAACAAUUCUUUCUCGUGGUUCGAACACAAGCGGUGUGUAUACAGUGGAUCCUGACGGCAAAGGUGCAUUCCAGGUCUUCUGCGACCAGGAAACUUCCGGCGGGGGCUGGACUGUGUUCCAGAGACGCGAAGAUGGCUCAGUUGACUUCUAUCGAAACUGGACCGAGUACAAGCACGGGUUUGGUGACCUUCAGGGAGAGUUUUGGCUAGGACUGGAAAAAAUCUACAGGCUGACCAAUGUGACCAUUAACGAGCUGAGAGUGGACUUGGGGGACGCAGAGGGCAGUAAAACAUACGCUCAGUACGGGUACUUUGCAACAGCAGCGGAGUCCGACAAAUACCGUAUUAGUGUGGCUUCGUACUUUGGUACUGCUGGAGAUUCCUUCGUAGAGUGGCAUAACAACGCGGCAUUUUCAACCCAAGACAAAGACAAUGACCAGAAUGGAGAUGAGAACUGCGCUGCUAAGUUUAAAGGAGCGUGGUGGUUCACUGAUUGCUUUUCCUCACAUCUUAACGGCAAAUAUCUCAACGACAGUACCUCGUAUGGAGAAGGAAUUAUCUGGAGUGAAUGGAAGGGUCAUUAUUUGUCUUUAAAGCGAACAGAGAUGAAAAUAAAGCCACGAGGAUAACCUAAAUAAGUCUUCAAACAAUCCCCAACUACCAAAGGCAACCCAAAGACGACGGCUAUCAUCAGCGCGCUACCGCUUCAUCCCGCGCAACAAACACUCUU